AACCGAUUCGUUCACGAAUGAAACACCGCUAUUGCUCAUGCCCAAAAUAAACGCCUGAGCCUUACGUCACAAACCAGACCCACAACACAUAAUAACACGUGUAGACAAGCCGGAAUGUUGUUUCUGGCCGCUUCCAAAACACACGGUUGCUAUAGCGGGUUAAGACAGACAGGACAUCAUAGCCUACGCGGCUUCAGUUCCUUCAACGCAGACUCGAUGAAUACUUCCGACUUGUAUAGUACCGCUACUUCGUUUUUUAUUCGGGGAGAUAAGUAAUGUAUUUACACUGCGAGCUUAAGAUGUGUUUACCCUGCAGGUGCGAAGAUGAAGCGAACAUGAUCAGUUCCGAUGGCCCCUCCACCAAAUGCGAGGAGACCCGGGACGCCGGGAAGAGGAGCAGGCAGCAGCCAGAAAUGCUGCACCUCAUGUUCGCUGUGUCCGUGUGGCUGGUGACGGGCACCACCAUAUCCAGCCUCAACAAAUGGAUAUUCGCCGUGUACAAUUUCAGAUACCCGCUGCUUCUGUCAGCCCUCCACAUGCUGACGGCCAUAGUGGUGGACUACGGACUGAUCAAGUGCAGGGUGAUCCGGCACAGAGGUGUCGGCGAGCAGGAUUUAACCACCAGCGCCAAAUGCAAAGUAUUCCUGUUGAGUUUAACAUUCUGUGCCAGUAUCGCGUUUGGAAACGUGGGACUUAAUUAUGUGCAGCUUUCAUUCGCGCAGAUGAUCUACACCACUACGCCGCUGUUCACACUAGCUAUUUCCACUCUGAUUCUCGGAAAGCAGCAUCACAUCCUGAAGUACACCGCGAUGAUGCCCAUCUGCCUCGGGGCGUCCUUCAGCAUUAUGGGCGAGGUCCAGUUCGACCAGACCGGCUGCUUGUUUGUGUUCGCCGCUACUAUGUUAAGAGGUGUAAAAACCAUUCAACAAAGCAUCUUGCUCCAAGAGGAGAAGAUCAACUCUGUCUUCCUGCUGUAUCUGAUGUCCAUCCCCAGCUUCUGCAUCCUGGCCAUAGCCGCCCUGGUUCUGGAGAACUGGGCCGCUCUGCAAUCCCCUUUCCAGUAUGACCACCACCUCUGGGGUUUCAUCUUGCUCAGUUGUCUAGGCUCAGUGCUUUACAACCUGGCCAGCUGCUGCGUCAUCACCCUGACCUCCGCCGUCACGCUGCACAUCCUGGGCAACCUGAAUGUGGUGGGGAAUCUGCUGCUCUCCCAGCUGCUGUUUGGCCACGAGCUGACAGCUCUUAGCUGUGCUGGAGCUGCGCUCACCCUCUCAGGCAUGAUCAUCUACCAGAACUCAGAGAUCAUCGUAGCUUACAUUGACGCACGGAGAGCCAGGACACCAACCGGUGGAAGUGGAGAGGACGUGGCUUGUGUUAAGGAGAAUGAUUCGAGCAUAUCAAAGACAGCUCCAGAACCUUGUUCAGAAGAAGAAUCAUUUGCAGAUGCAGCUCAAGAACCUAAUGAGAGGACAGAGAAUCAGGUUCACGAGAAAAUGGACUGAAGAGACUCAAAGGCUGAGUUCCAAAACCUAGUGAGCUGCAGUGCUGCUGUCUUGCAUGGGGUACAAUGAAAGUGAAUGGUCAUGGCUCUCUUUGGUCCACAACCACUUUCAUUAGACGGAAAAGAGAAGCUUGGGGCAAAAUAAUUGUUACUUGAAAUAAAAUAAAUUAUAACUGAAGGUUUAAAAAAAAGUUAAGACAGAAAGCUGUAUGGAUAUGAAAAAAUAAUGACAGAAAAGUCAAUUUUUAGGUGAACUGUCCCUUUAACAGAAAAGCACCCUCAUAAGUAACCAAUCUGGAAUGCUUUACAUAGGCAGCAACUUCAUGCAAAUUGUGCUCCUCACGCAAAGUGCACCUUACAAGUGAUUUUAAAGCCCAAAGUACACUUUGGCCUAGACAAGGUUUCAUCCUCGUUUAGUGUGUGUGCCAUUUCCUUCCAGAAGUUAUGAGGUUGAGGAUUUGGAAACAAGCAGAGCACGGCUGUUUCUAAAGCAAGCAGUGCCAUCUGCUGUUUAAAACUAAGCUCAGAAUCGUUUUGAGAAAGAAUCGCGAUGUCCAUUCAUUCCUUGAUUCGCAUUGCAACAAUUUAUCGUCCCAUCCCUAACCUUUACAGUUUGCGGUUAGCAUACUGCUAAGAUAAAAUAUCCAAUAUUAGGUGACACGAAUGCCGUAAACACGCAAUGUUCACCUCAAUUGCAUCUUCCGUGCAAACUGAAAAAUUUUAACUUGAGCGGGAAAUUUGCAUGAAGCAUUCUCGUGCUAGCCAAUCAGCAAAGGGCUUGUUGACAAAAACCAUCCCGCAAGUAAUCUAGAGCGAGUAACUAGAGCUUCGCUUUGGGUGUGCGCACAUAUUUGGUGCUAGUUUGGUGCUAGCAUGUUUCUAAGCUAACAGUGUAAUACUCUAAACAAGCAUAAAAAUACAAAGCACACAAAUAUUGGACAAAAUAUCCAAUAUUAGGUGACUCAACUGCACAAUGUUCGCCUUCAAACGCAUCUUCCACGCAAGUUGAAAAACCUCAACUUAAGCGAGAAAUUUGCAUGACGUGUUGCUGCACAGACCAAUCAGCGGUGAGCUUGUUGACAUAUCCGGUUGUAUUACAAUAUGAAAGACACCAUUAUUAUGGUUAUUCAGGGGAGUGUCGUGAAAAACGUCUCGUGAGUAAUCUAGAACGAGUAACGCAAUGCAAAUAUUUGCUUUGCUUUUGGUGUACACACACCUUUAGAGUUUGCUGUUAGCAUGUUGCUAAACUAACACCGUAAUACUCUUAUAAGCAUAAAAAUACAGAGCACACAAAUAUUGGAUAAAAUAUCCAAUAUUAGGUGACACAACUGCCGUGGACGUGCAAUGUUCGAACUCAAUUAGAUUCAAGAUUACUGACAUGUCUGGUUGUAAUAGUAAAUAAAAGGGAGCAUUACUAUGUUUUUGUUCGCAAGAGCGAGUAAUGCAAUGCAAAUAUUUGCUUCGCUUAUUUGCUUCGUGUCACCUAAUAUAUCCAAUAUUAGGUGAGACGACUGCCAUGAUCGUGCGAUGUUCGCCUUUAUCGCAUCUUCCAUGCAAAAAAAAAUUUCAACUCAAGAGAGAAAUUUGCAUGACGCAGUCACGUAAGCCAAUCAGUGAACAGCUUAUUGACACGUCUGGUUGUAUUAUAAAAUGUAAGAGAGCGUUAUUGUGUUUUUUUGUUUUUUUUUUUUAUGCGAGUGUCACUAAAAACAUCUACACUGUAAAAACAAUUUGUUGGGUCAACUUAAAAUAAUUUGUAACCUGGCUGCCUUAAAAUUUUAAGUUCAGUCAACUCAAAAAAAAAGUUUAUUCAACUUGAAAUGUUAAAUUAUACUAAGUGACAACUUAGAUAUUUGAGUUGAAUCAAUUUAAAAUUUUAAGGCAGCUUACUUACCCAUCUGUUAAGUUUAGCAAACACAAAUAUCUAAGUUGUUACUUAGUACAACUUAACAUUUCAAGUUGACUAAUUAUUUUAAGCUGACUCAACAAAUUGUGUUUUUUAUUUUUUACAGUGUAAGAGCGAGGAACACUUUUAUAGAGUUUGGCGUUAGCAUGUUGCUAAGCUAACACUGUAAUACUCAAAUAAGCAUAAAAAUACAGAGCACACAAACAUUGGAUAAAACAGUCUAUUUUUAGUUAGACUAAACUAUUUUAUUAAUACUUUUCAGUACUAAAUAAAUUAGAAGUAUAUUUAUAUUCAAUGUUUGCCUGCAUAUGUUUCAUAAAGGAUAUAUGUCAUUCUGAUAUUAGGAAGCUGUUCGCGUUAGGCGUGUUGAUGUCUAAUAAUGCAGCCUACAUAGGUAGUUCACUAGGUUUUGGAACAGAAGACUGAGCAUCAUCCAGCGUUAGCUGGUUUAACAUGGAGUCUGAUUAGAUACGAGGUGUCCUGGUUGGUGGUGACGAAGAUGAUAUUGGUGGUGUAUUUUUCCCCAGUACCUCCUCACUGUGCCAAUAUAUUUAAUUUCAGUCAUCCUUGCAAUGGAGAAGCACCAUCUACCAGAGCUCUGAGACUGACUAAGCACAUGCCUUUUUUAGCAUAUGCCGACCGCACCGGUUUGUUUGGAUUUUAUUACCUCCGUUUGCCAACACACGCUUAUAAGUGCGUGAAAACUCCUGCAUGAGCAUCGGGAAGAUCUCCAAUAUCCUGCCAUAUUCAUUCAGUGACUGUGUCUAUCUAAUGCACUGUGAAAUACGACUGCUCCAUUUGCUCUGGCCCUCUUUAAUGGUCAGCAUAGCCGGUACUGGACUUACUCGCACUUUUCUGAGUGCGAGAGAUGGACACGCAAAAAAAACCACAUCGGAAUAAUGUAUUUUUAGAUACUGUAACUUGGCCGUCUUUAUUUGGUGAUAUGGGACGGUACGUUUAAGGCAGCUUUCUGUAGGAUGCCAUGUUUAAACAAGUAUCCUGUGCAGCACUAUCACUUCAUCUUGGUUACGUUUACAUAAUGGAGACGAGCAAGACUGGCUCCUCACUUGGGUUUAUUUAGCUUGGUGCACUAUUCAGAAAUUGGUUUUGUACCUCUCUGGUUUAGUAGAAAUAUAUUUCAUAUUUUCCCUCUGAUUCAUGAAAAUGAAUGUUUCUUAUCUCACUACUGCAAUGCUUCUGAAUGUUUUGGGUUUUUUGCAUUAUAGAAUUGACUUUUUUCACAUUGCAGUAUUGAGAACUAGGGCAAAUUUUCUCCAAAAUGAUCUGGUUUUUGAAGUGAAAUAGAACAUGUUCCUUACAGGCUUGAGUGAGAUUUAUUCAGAGUAACAGCUAAGAACAUUUCUGAAGGAAUGUUAUGAAUAUAAUCGUGUUCUAUCAUAGGCAGGCAGGUUUAAACUGGUGCCUCUUAUGUAAUUCCCAGUGCAGGUAAUUAUUAAUAGAUUUCUCUAAGGAGUCUCAAACAUCUUUAGCACACACUGAUCUCUUAGGAGAAAUCAAAAUGAUAUUUUUUUUUUUUAACUUUCAUUGUCCUCUUUAAAUCCUCUACUAAAGGCCUCAUGCGCUUGCUCGUCUCCUCUGAGUGGGUGCUCAUCUUUUUUUCAUUAGUUUCUUUAAUUGAUUUAUUGUUUUAUUGACGCCUGCUGGACAGUAUUAUUACUUUUCCUCCAUUAUGAUUUGUUUUGAUGCUGUUGCAAAAACACUGACACUAACAGAGGUUAGUACAUAGCAAGGUCAUUCCCUCAGAGUUUUGUUGCCAUCUGCUGGAUAGAAAGCAGAUUUGCAUUUAUUAUUACUUCGUUUUUGAAUUGAAGUGCAUUAGAUAUAAUUAUCAGGCAUUUUGCCUGUUUCCCAGCAUGUUGGGAAUUUAUAGCUGGGGUUUAGUAUGUCAUCAUAACAAUUUUUGGGUUCUUAGACCUGGCUAACUGGAAAUGAAUGAGGACGUGAAUGUAUCUUAGUGGGUGUUGAAGUGUAGGCAGUCUUAUGGAGCCAUGAUAAAAGCCUACACUGACUCAAGUGUGCCUACCUGAGGGCUGAUUUCAUAAGGAAACACCAGCCUUUCAAGCUUUGUUUAUUAAGGUCUCAACUGUCCAUCCAUGCUUCAGUGUUUGCACUCAUUACUUCACUAGUAAACAGCAUCAUAGGGAAAGCAUUGUUCAAGGUCGAUCUAUGAUCAGCGUGACUAAUAUUUAUCGGCAUUAAUUUUGACAUACACUGGAUGCAUUAUUUUUAUUUGGUGUGUUAUCCAUUGUUAAUGGUGGUGAUUUUGAAAUCCACACAAGGGGGCGCAAACACUUCUAUUAAUCAGCUAAGCAGGCAUGGUUAAUAGCGAUCAUUUCAAAAUGUCCCAUAAAAAACCUAGCUGAUAUCAGAUUCGCCUCGUUGGCCGACAGAAAGCUGAUAUGUUUCAAGGUGACUUCUGUGUGAACUGUGCUUCAUAUGUCGCUACACUGUUGGCAGUAGACAAUGGUCUUUUUUCAUACUGUGUAAUGUUUGUCCAGUAUCAUAAGCACAUUGGUUAACUGCAAUUAGUAUAAAAAUGAUUAGCAACAGAAUGAUCCCUUUUACUCUUCACUGUCAAACAUGAGGUGAGAGUUGUCAGAUAAAUACCUCAGAUGUUAUUCCUGUGAUGAUGUUUGUUGACAUGUUACUGGUCACUAAUGUACUGGAUAAUGUUUUGAAGUUAAGAUCUCUGAAUAUAGACUGACAGUCGUGGUA